AUGGAUAGCAUUAUAUUUGUGUACGUCACGUAUGAGCAAUUCCUCCCGUACAGUGUUCGUAACUAUAUCAUAAAGUACGUACGCAAGUUAACAAGCCAUGUGCACUCUUACAUCCAUGUAUCCUUCCCUGAAUUCACAGGGGAACAAGUCCUCGAGAGAAAGAGAAGCCAAGCCUACAUUGCCAUCCGAACCCACCUCAGUGUAAACUCAGCCCAAAGAGCCGGCAGGCUCAAAGCCGAAGUGGUGACGGAUAGCCAAACCCUAGUAGUCCUCGGCAUUGACGACAAUGAAGAAAACACGUUCCAAGGACUUACAGUGUGGUGGAGUGCAAAUCAUAAAUCCUCGAAUCCCUCCAAAGAGAAUAGGUUCUUAAAACUGACCUUCCACAAGCGUUAUUGGCGCUUACAUCCAACAUGUCUUCAAAGAAGGCAGGGCCAUUGCGUUUCAGGACAGGACGCCAAAGCUGUACACCGACAACUCCAGCUGUGGUUGGACUCUGAGACUUGCUUGAAGAGUCUGAUUGAGUCCAUUGAGGAGACCAAGAAGAAGCUGCUGACACAAGAUGAAGUAAAAAAGGCCAAUAAGGAUGAGAAAGCACACUUGAAGGAAGAACGAGAAAAGGAACCCAAUAAGUUGAAUUGGCAGUUUUGGUAUUGGCCAAGUUCUGAGAUCAUAUAUGCUACUAUCGAAUUUGGAGAUGCAGUUGCAGGUCUAUUUGUUAAUCCAAUAUUAUCUGAAAGAUACUUGGUCAAACCGAGUACAUACCUCGGCUAG